GAGAAAACAAACCUGAUGUUGAUCCAUUUCCCGUAAGCAACUGACGGGAAACUAACCAAUAAACCGUUUCCUUGGCCCUAGUCUUUCCCCAAACCAUCCAGUUGUUCUAGCGGAGAUGCGGAGUUGAAUGCUCGUGCGAAAAACUCCCACAAUCCUUUCCCCUGCCCAUAAAUUAAGCAGUGAACCAUCUGACCAACGCCCAUGGGGAAGGGCAAAGACCAUGUGGGGGAAACCUCCCCGCAUAUCAUGGAAUGCUGCUCCAUUGUUUGAGACGAACGUGUUUCCUCACUGGAUGGAUAAAUGCAAAAAACAAUUCAACCCCAAGCCCAGCGAGAAACCCCCCCAGACACUUCUUGGCGAGAAGCUAAACCUCCCUUCCAUGGACCACGGGCCACCGCCCCCGGCUCUUUGCGAGCGUGUCCCCGAUGCAACAGUCAUCUCAUUCGGACCUUCUGCCACCUGGGAUCCUGGCCGACGCGGCUUCCCUAUCCCGCUGUCCCGCCUUAGUCCUUCUUUUGGUUCUGGCCUGCUGUCUGCCGGAAUCUGCCCAUUGUGCUGAUAGGUUCGGACGUAUUCAAACAUGGGGUAGUUGCUUCCACGGCAGUGCGUAUGUAUAUAAAAUACCCGGGUGGACCUCGUCGGAAGUUGGAGAUGAGAGAGUCUACCGGAUACACGAGAGAAGCGUGUUGGAGUCGCGCGCACUUGAACACACACACACCCUUGAGCGCCCAGGGA